AUGGCAAGUGGGGACCGGCCCCCGGCUCCCUCUUCUCAUUCCCCUCUUCGUAAAUCCUGGGCACAAAUCGCCUCUUCUUUUAACAAACAAACUGAUAGUUCUCCUCUGCAUAACGCCACCAUCCUCAAUAAACUUAAGGAGUCUACCUCUGAUUUCAUCCGGUUAGACAGUGACCUUCUGAAUCGAGCUCAUUUGAAGUUCCAACAUGCCUUGUAUGGGAAGCUAUUCGGCAAAUCUCCUCCAUUCGAGCAAGUCAAGGCUGAUCUCCUAGCGAAAUGGGGUAUGUUUGGUACGAUCCUCAUCUCGGAUCUACCUAAUGGUUUCCUUCUCAUCAGGUGUCCAUCUCAACAGAUCAUGAAGAAACUUCUUUUAGAUGGACCCUGGGCUGUUAAUGGAAUUAUUCUCCAGAUUUCACCGUGGAAGCCGUUCUUUGAACCUUCUUUUGCUAAGCUUAGUACGGCAACAAUUUGGCUUCAAUUUCACAAUCUUCCUAUGGAGUUGUGGGAUGGCGAAACCCUUGAAACCAUCGUGAGCCAGUUCGGCACCCUCCUCAAAGUUGAUGAUUUCACCGUUUCUUUGAGCCGAUCUAAGUAUGCACGGGUGUGUGUUGAAAUCGAUUUAUCCAAGCCCCUUUGUCGUGGAUUCUGGGUUGGCGAUGAUAUGAAUAAGGUGUUUGUUGUGGUGAUGUAUGAGCGGCUGCCAACUUUCUGCUAUACUUGUGGAUUGAUUGGUCAUGGGAGUAAUUCUUGCUCUAGGUCUGCGGCAUCGGGUGCCGGUAUGCCUGUCUCUACUCGCCCAGUUGGGUAUAGUGAGCCCGGCCAUACCUUGGUAUCUGACGUCGUUGAUCAAGUUAUGGAUAUCUCCGACCCCGUCUUGGAUCUCCCGUUGCCGGAGAACACUAACAAUUUGGUCUAG